CCGGGGUGAAAAGCAUAAAAGCCACGAUCCUUUCGCUGGGGGCGACGUUGCUCAGCCCCACGAUGUUCAGCUUCGAAAGCUGAGCCAGGGCAUUCUCGCGAACACAGCCCUGCAAUAAUUCGUAGGGACACAUAUCUUCAUGUCUUUCUCUUCUCUUCUUCCUCGUAACAUGCUGGCCUGCUACAUUGUUUUCUUCCCUUCAGGUAGACCCGGAGGACUCUUUUCAUAAUUACUUCUUCUUGUGUACGGAGCGACUCGUGUACCCGACUUCCUUCAGCUCUUCUUCUCUAUAGACACCAUCAUAUUUGCAAGAUGAAAUCCUUUCCUUCUCUUCUGUUGCCGUGUCUUCUCGCUCUGGCACUCCUCGCCGCUGCGGCGCAUUGUCCCAGCAGCAACGAGACCAGCAUAAAUCUACUCAUUCGCAGGAUAGCUGCAAGGUUCUCCCAAUAUGAUAGCAAUGUGAGAACGGAAGUCCCUCUGUCAAUCUCCGCAGUAAACGCAUCUGAAGUUUCGAGGACUGCCCACAUCGUCGUGGUUCAGGACUCGAGUGUCGACACCGCAACGGCAUUUACGACUUCUCAGGACUUAGCGACGUCCCAAAGUUCCACGGUCCUGGAAUCCAGGUGGUGGCGGUUUAGCAAACCUCAGCAUCCUGUCUCCGUUUCCCAGGGAUCCCGAGUCAUGCUCAUGCUGGAUGCUGCGCCUGGACAGUCUAUCGCGUUACUCGUGGCCGUGGCGGUCGCCAUGUUCGCUUUGGGCUGAUAAAGAGUUGGAAUCUAGGUGCUAAAUAUCAUCCCAUAUCACAUACAUCUUAGCAGGACUCCCGUUCCCACUUCCGACCGCAGCCAGAAGUACUCCCAAAUUACCGUCAACCACUGCAAUCACCGUUGGACGCUCUCAAUCGCGCACUGCGUCAGCCCUCCUCGAUCUUUUGUGAAGGCACCGCCUCGCGGC